UGCGCGCCGCCUCUGGUCGCCCUCUCCGCCUCCCGCGCUGUGCCUGGGUCUCCGCGGCGUUUUCAGGAGUUUAGAGAAAGCCCCGGCUUCAAGUUCUCUUGGGUUCGAAACUUUACCGAACUGCAGGGCGCAACAAAGGGUCAGAGAGUCCGGGCGUCUUGCAGCCGGAGAGAGGCCGGAGCAGCGGGCCGGACGCGCGCGGCACUCCCGCCUUUCCGCGCACCCACUAUGUCUCUCUCUCCCCCUCUCCCCCUAGUUCUGGAAGUGAUGGAGGAGGCGGAGGCCGACUGCGCCCUAGCGUUCGCCGAGGCCCAGAGAUGGGUGGAGGCAGUGACAGAGAAGAAUUUUGAGACAAAGGAUUUUCGAGCCUCCCUGGAGAAUGGCGUUCUGUUGUGUGAUUUGAUUAAUAAGCUUAAACCUGGUGUCAUUAAGAAGAUCAAUAGACUGUCCACACCAAUAGCAGGUUUGGAUAAUAUAAACGUUUUUUUGAAAGCUUGUGAACAGAUUGGAUUGAAAGAAGCCCAGCUUUUCCAUCCUGGGGAUCUACAGGAUUUAUCAAAUCGAGUCACUGUCAAGCAAGAAGAGACUGAUAGGAGAGUGAAAAAUGUUUUGAUAACUUUGUACUGGUUGGGAAGAAAAGCACAAAGUAACCCCUACUAUAAUGGUCCCUAUCUUAAUUUGAAAGCAUUUGAGAAUCUUUUAGGACAAGCUCUGACUAAGGCACUUGAAGAGUCCAGCUUCCUGAAGAGGAGUGGCAGAGACAGUGGUUACGGUGAUAUCUGGUGCGCUGAGCGUGGAGAAUUUCUUGCUCCUCCAGGCAACUAUAAGAGAGAAGAUUCAUUUGAAAGCUUGGACUCUUUGGGGUCUAGGUCAUUCACAAGCUGCUCCUCUGAUAUCACGUUGAGGGGGGCACGUGAAGGUUGUGAAAGUGACACAGAUUCUGAAUUUACAUUCAAAAUGCAGGACCAUAAUAAAGAUGAUAUGUCAUAUCGAAGGAUUUCGGCUGUUGAACCAAAGUCUGCUUUACCAUUUAAUCGCUUUUUACCCAACAAGGGUAGACAGCCAUCCUAUGUGCCGGCACCCUUAAGGAAGAAAAAGCUGGACAAAAAUGAGGAUAACAGAAGAACCUGGGCAAGCCCAGUCUGCAUAGAAGCCGAUCGAACAUUUCCAAGUAACGAGAGGAGAACUUGGGGCACAAACGUGGAGAACUGGCCAACAGUACAAGAAACUUCAGACUCCUCUUGUUAUUUGGAAGAGGCAGAAGAAAAGACAAGCAUACCCAACACUGUAAGGGAUGAUCUUUAUGUGCGAAAGCUAAGCCCAAUCAUGCCAAGCCCAGGGAAUGCUUUUGAUCAGUUUCUUCCCAAAUGCUGGAUCCCAGAAGAUGUGAACUGGAAACGAAUAAAAAGGGAAACUUAUAAACCAUGGUAUAAAGAAUUUCAGGGAUUCAGUCAGUUUUUAUUACUUCAGGCCCUCCAGACAUAUUCUGAUGACAUCUUGUCUUCUGAAACACAUAUCAAAAUUGAUCCCACUGCUGGCCCAAGGCUCAUAACACGCAGAAAGAAUCUCUCUUAUACACCAGAUGACCUGGAGAUGCCAGCCCUGGAUCCUGACUUAGAGAAUGAUGAUUUCUUUGUCAGAAAGACUGGGGCUUUCCAUGCAAACCCAUGUGUUCUUCGGGCUUUCGAAGACUUAAGAAGGCUUUCUGGGCAAGACGAUCCUGUAGAGCAAGAUAUAAUACUGCAGUGUAGGGAAGGUGAACUUGUACUUCCAGACCUAGAAAAAGAUGAUAUGAUUGUUCGCCGCAUUCCAGCACAGAAGAAAGAGGUGCCUCUGUCGGGAGCCCCAGAUAGAUACCAGCCAGUCCCUUUCCCCGAACCCUGGACUCUUCCUCCGGAAAUUCAAGCAAAAUUUCUCUGUGUACUUGAAAGGACAUGCCCACCUAAAGAAAAAAGUAAUAGCUGUAGAGUGUUAGUUCCUUCCUGGAGGCAGAAGAAAGAUGACAUGUUGGCUCGUAAGAUCCAAUCUUGGAAGCUGGGAAGUACUGUGCCUCCAGUCAGGUUCACCCCUGGUCCCUGCAGCGAGGCCGACUUACAGAAGUGGGAGUCCAUCCGGGAGGCCAGCAGGCUUAGGCACAGGAAGCGGCUGAUGGUGGAGAGACUCUUUCAAAAGAUUUAUGGUGAGAACGGGAGCAAGUCCAUGAGUGAUGUCAGCGCAGAGGAUGCUCAGAACUUGCGUCAGCUGCGUUACGAGGAGAUGCAGAAAAUAAAGUCACAGUUAAAAGAACAAGAUCAGAAAUGGCAGGAUGACCUUGCAAAAUGGAAAGAUCGUCGGAAAAGCUACACUUCAGAUUUGCAGAAGAAAAAAGAAGAGAGGGAAGAGAUUGAGAAGCAGUCGCUUGAGAAGCCUGAGAGAAGAUCUAAGACAUUUAACGAAAUGCUGCAGGACAGGGAAUCCCCAAAUCAUAUGUCUACAGUGACAUCGAGGAGGAAACUGUAUUCUUCUGAUGAUGGAGUGAGUGAAGAAAAACUUCCCCCUAUGCUGACUAUGUCAGAAGUAAGUUCCCAGAGUGAGAGAGUAGAAGAGAAGGGAACCACUUAUCCGACGGAAAUUCCUAAGCAAGAUUCUACAGCUUUUGCAAAAAGGGAGGCUACUAUCACAGCUGAAAUUCAGCUUCCUUCGAAAAGCCCCGUGGAAGAACAACGCCCAGCCUCUUUGUCUUCUCAGCAUUCACGACAAAUGGAGUCCACUCGAGUUUCAGCUACUCUCCCUAGAAGUUACCAGAAAACUGAUGCGGCCAGGUUAACGUCUGUGGUCACACCGAGACCUUUUGGAUCUCAGUCACGGGGAAUCUCAUCACUCCCGAGAUCCUACACGAUGGAUGAUUCUUGGAAGUAUAAUGGAGACGUAGAAGGCAUUAAGAGAACCCAAAGCAGUUCGGUCAGCAUCUCUGUGCAAAGACCUGACACGAGCCAGUUUGCGUCCAGGUCAUCCAGCGAAAGAGAGGCAGCAGCACCCAGAGAAAGUGUGAUGAGGCUGCUCUCUCCUACACCCACCUUCUCAUCUCCUUCCCAGGGCCAGGCUGCCACUUCGAAAGACACGUUAUCUUCAACAUCUAGCCCUGAUUUAACGCCUGAGCUUGGAGAAGGGAAAAGCUCACCACAGACAGAGGUCUCAAGAUCACAGGAUCAGUUCAGUGAUAUGAGAAUCAGCAUAAACCAGACGCCUGGGAACAGCCUUGACUUUGGAUUUACAGUAAAAUGGGAUUUUUCCAGGAUCUUCGUAGCAUCAGUCGAACCAGGUAGCCCAGCAGAAUUUUCUCAGCUACAGGUAGAUGAUGAAAUUAUUGCUAUCAACAACACUAAGUUUUCAUAUAAGGACACAAAAGAGUGGGAGGAAACCAUGGCUAAUGCUCAGGAAACUGGAAACCUAGUAAUGGAUAUCAGACGCUAUGGAAAGUCUGACUGGGGCAAAGACCAGCCUUCCCUGCCAUUUACACGGCAUAAAACCCUCAAUCUCACCAGUAUGGCUACCAAAAUUAUAGGUUCACCUGAAACAAAGUGGAUUGAUGCAACUUCUGGAAUUUACAGCUCAGACAAAUCUUCAAAUCUAUCAAUAACAGCUGAUUUCUCAGAAAGCCUUCAGAAUUCUAACACUGAAUCAAAGGAAAUUAAUGGAAUUCGUGAUGAAAGCAAUACUUUUGAAUCAAAAGCCUCUGAACCUAUUUCUUUGAAAAACUUAAAAAGGCGAUCACAAUUUUUUGAACAAGGAAGUUCUGAUUCUGUGGUGCCUGAUCUUCCAGUUCCGACCAUCAGUGCCCCGAGUCGCUGGACGUGGGAUCAGGAAGGGGAGCGGAAGCGGCAGGAGAGGUGGCAGAAAGAGCAGGACCGCCUGCUGCAGGAAAAAUAUCAACGUGAACAGGAGAAGCUAAGGGAAGAGUGGCAGAGGGCUAAGCAGGAGGCUGAGAGAGAGAAUUCCAAGUACUUGAAUGAGGAGCUAAUGGUCCUAAACUCAAACAGCAUUUCUCUGACCACACGGGAGCCUGCUGUGGCCACCCGGGGCGAAGAGUCCAAGGCACCUGACAGCGAAGGAACCCCGGCAGAGGAGGAAACGAGGCAGCAGCAGCAGCAGGAGAAAGACCAGGAGCAGAAGCAGCGCCAGGCAGAGGCAGAGGCAGAGGCAGAGGCAGACGAGCAGAAGCGCCGGGCGGAGAGAGAGAGGGAAACUUCUAUCCAAAUAUACCAGUACAGAAGGUCUGUCCCCACGGCCGAAGGGCCGGUUGAUUCCUAUGACAUACCAAAGAGAGAAGAAGAAUCUUCAGGUUUGCUUCCUAGUGACAGGAAUAAAUCCAGAUCCACUACUGAACUGGAUGAUUACCCCACAAACAAAAAUGGAAGCAAUAGAUAUUUAGACCGAACUGGGAGCAGUAGCUCAUCGCAGAAAAGCUCCAAGAAGGAACAAGUCCCAUCAGGAGCGGAGUUGGAGAGACAGCAGAUCCUUCAAGAAAUGAGGAAGAGAACGUCCCUUUAUGAUGACAACAGCUGGAUCCGACAGCGCAGUUCCAGUGUCAAUAAAGAGCCUAUUUGUCUGCCUGGGAUUAUGAGAAGAGGUGAAUCUCUAGAUAACCUGGAUUCCCCGAGAGCCAGUUCUUGGCGACAGUCCCCUUGGCUCAACCAGCCUUCAGGAGUCUAUGCCACUUCCUCUGUCCAAGACUUCAGUCGCCCCCCACCUCAGCUGCUGUCCACUUCGAACCGUGCCUACAUGCGGAACCCCUCCUCCGGCGUACCCCCUCCCUCAGCGGGUUCCGGGAAGACCACCACCCCGUCCCCCAUACUGCGCAGCCAUUCCCCUGCGGUGCCGCAGCCCGGCUGCCAGCCACGCAACAGGUCGGUCAGUGGGAAGCGCGUGUGCUCCUAUUGUCAUAACAUUCUGGGCAAAGGAGCCGCCAUGAUCAUCGAGUCCCUGGGUCUUUGUUAUCAUUUGCAUUGUUUUAAGUGUGUGGCCUGUGAUCGUGACCUCGGAGUCUCUUCCUCAGGAGCCGAAGUCAGAAUCCGAAACAACCAACUGUAUUGCAACGACUGCUAUCUCAGACUCAAAUGUAAGAGAGCAAAUCAGGGAGAAAAUUUCUUGUCUUUUACGGAGACCACGGGUUCCCAUGCCUUUCCCUGAACCUACCACCAGCUCCCCUUCAAGCUCCCUGCCCCAGAGCUCCAGACUUCAGGAACCUCAGAGUAUCCCCUUCAAAGAGGGUCCGGUGAGCGGGUCAGUGGGUCAGUGCUCAGGAUUCCAGCCGCACAAGGGUGGGUGUAGGACCAAAGAACCAGAGAGGGAUGCGUGCCAGGAGUCAGGACGGUGUGCUGUGCAGUCUGCUGAGUCUGGAGAAACUUCUGGUGACUCAAGCAUAAAAACCAACCAAGACCAACAGUCAAAAUGAAUCUUCUGUAUAGACUCUCAUCAGUUUCUUGGCUAAGAAACUCUCAUCAUUUUAGCUGAUUUCUAUUAUUUACUAAUGGGGUCUGAUUAUGUGAUUUAGAGUAUGACCAACUUUAAAAACUGUGGUUUAAAAAGGUAAUAAAGAAUAGUCAGUGUAUGCUUUGUUACUCUAUAAUCAUAUGCUAUCAAAUUAUACAAUAAUUUAAGCAUUAAUUCUGAUGACAUAGUGUUUCAGUGUCAUUUUUGGAAAAAUUGAGUUUUUCGAAAACUUCACAUGCUAUUCUGUGUCGAAGCAUGUUUUUGCCUGUAAGUGUGUUAUAAACAUAGGGUAGCGUAAGUAGAUUGCAUAUCGUUUAUAGCUACAUAAAGACAACCAUUCCUCCUUUUUAUAUUUUGAGCCUUGAUGCUGGUAACAUGUGUUUCUUCCUUAUUGUGAAAGGGUGUUUGUUACAAGUGGUAUCAGCCAAACCAUAUGCUUUUGAGCUCUGAGGUAUUUAUAUGGCCUUUAUGUGAAGAGUGCUUUGGAAAUGGCUUCAGCCCAGUCAACUCUCUCUUAUCUGUCACCGUGUUUUGAGCCUUCUCACCCCGUUGGUCCAGACCCUUCCUGGAUGCCAGCACUGAGGUUGGAGAGUGUCAAGGCUGGGCAUGGAAUGGGGAGGGAGUGUGUGUAUGUGUGUGAGCUUUUCUCUCUUUAGUCAAAAUUCCAAAGCCAAAUAUAAUUGAUUUUUGGAAUCAUCAUGGAAAAAUUGCCCAUGCCUUUUCUCUCCUCCAGUACAAAUAAUAGAGAGUUGAGUGUAACUUGUUUCUAUAUCAGCAGUUAAUUUUUACUCCAUUUUUUUGCAAAGAAAGACUUGUAGAACCCAGAGGUGUGAUUUGCCCAGCUUUAUCCUAAGUGAGUAACAGGGUAACUCUUUCUACCUCGUGGGGUCAUUCUCUGAACGAUUCCUGCUAUGUAUCCCAGGUGGCGAUAUUCGAGUGUUUCUGAAUCUAAGCACUUUUCUUUCUUCUCUCCUUGC